GAAGCGAUCUUACCGAAAUGCUAGCGGCCGUAGGACAUCUGGUUUCUUUCCUUUACUUGUUUUUGCAUCUGACUGAUGCCUAUGUGACCGAUCUUUCUACCAAGAUUUAUCUCAAUAAUGAUGGCGCUGUUUUUGUUGUUGUAGCUUCAGAGAAGCUCAAUCAGCAAGAAGCAGUAGCGCUUUGUAUUGCCCAGGGUCUUCAAUUACGCAGUCCUACAUAUGAAAAGAUACGGGAGAUUAGAAAAAGAGCCUGCAACGAAAAAAGAAAUCAGCUAGCAUCAAAUACAACACUUCCUUCUGCUACAGGAAGAGAGAAACAGUUCAUACGCCUUGUUGGGGCCAUUGAAAAUCAAGCUAUUCGCAGAAGGCACCGUUGCAUUACUCGAAGAUUCUUUGUGUGUGCGUUACCUAAGAAAAACAGCUUGAACAAAACUAAAAUAAAGCAGGAAGUUAAAGAAAAACGAUCUGCAUACAGACUAAUAGAGAGCGAGGGUGUCGAGAGCACCAACUGGACAUCGCUCGAAUCAGGGAGAAUUACUUCGUCACAGGGAACCGCUGUUCAUCCCACUGCCAGGAGCAAGGGCAAAAAUGACACUGAUGAGGAUUUGAGCAUUUUGGAAGCAACGAUGCUUUGCCUAAUUCCGUGGAACAUUAUCUGCUUGAGCUUUUCCAUGUGGGUCAUAUCACAUUUAAAGUGGAGCACGGUUACUCGCCAUGUUCUUCAUAUGAACCAGUUCGCGAUGCUCCUCAUCGGGCAGAUACUUUUGGCUUUUUUUAUGUAUAAAUUUUGUCAUACAAUAUUGAAGGUUCAUAUCCAUUUUGUGUUUGUAAGCGCUCUUCUCCUCACAACGGUCGAAGCAAUUCAUUUCAUUCAGGCAACCAUUCCUAAGUCUAUGUAUUAUCUCGGUAUCGCAUACUUUAUUUCGCUGGUUUACGUGACCCUUGGAGUUGAAGUCUACUCAGAACGCCGAGACGAUCCUCACGAGAAACAGUUGUGCUCUACCUUAGUGGACAGAGGUUCCACGAUCUAUAUGUUGGCACCUGCUGUCACAUCGCUUCUGACCACAACAGUGAUCAGUGUUCUGCUUUUAUAUCAUCACCAUCAUCGGACCGACAAUAGCCAGUUGACUGCUAAUGCAGGACUGAAUAUCUCUCAAAUGACAAUAAUGUCGUUCUUACUUAGUCUCCAAUGGAUUUUUGGUUCAUUCGUACGAUCCGAGUGGGACAACGACACUGACGUAUUUGGAGUACUAUUCUUUAUUACUGGUAUUCUUGUUUUGCCCACCGCAGUGACACUCUCCCAUGUCGUCUGUAACCGAGAGUGCCGAAGCGUAUUGGCUCGCCGUCUUGGCCAAGGUGGAAAGACUUCCAGGAGAAUUGCCAAUAUGAUUCGGCCAUCUCCGCAGAACGUAACCAGUAGCGGAGGUGGUUGUUGCGAACGGCACGUAGAGACUCACAACUCUCAACCGUUUGCUAGGCACGAAAGGCUACACGUAAAUGAUCGUCUUCGUACAAUUCUUGAGAGGGGAAUUCGCCCUUCAAUUCAUCUAAUUUUUCCACUUGAACUUGCACGAGUUCAAAACUGUUAAAAGUUGACCGCGAAACAUUCCAUGAUCUUGUAACCAACAAAAUUAACCCACUAGGCCCAUAAUCUUGACCAAGUCUCAGUACAAAACUAACAGUACAUAAAUUCCAUUGAACGGCCAUUAAACAGAUGUGCAUAAAUAAAAAAAAUGUGCAUAAAGUCA